GCGGGCGCGCCGGGCGGCAGGUGUCGGCGGCGUAGGCAUUCGGCGGCGAUGGAGCGACCCCGAGGAGCUGCGGCCGUCCUCCUGUCCCGACUCCACGGCCUCGGCCUCUUUCUCCUCCUGCAGCUGCUGCCGCUUGCGACCUUCGGCCAGGACCGGCUGGACGCGCCGCCGCCGCCUGCUGCGCCGCUGCCGCGCUGGUCCGGCCCCAUCGGGGUGAGCUGGGGGCUGCGGGCGGCAGCGGCCGGGGGCGCGUUUCCCCGCGGCGGCCGUUGGCGUCGCAGCGCGCCCGGCGAGGACGAGGAAUGCGGCCGGGUCCGGGAUUUCGUCGCUAAGCUGGCCAACAACACGCACCAGCAUGUGUUUGAUGAUCUCAGAGGCUCAGUAUCCUUGUCCUGGGUUGGAGAUAGCACUGGGGUCAUUCUAGUCUUGACUACCUUCCAUGUACCACUGGUAAUUAUGACUUUUGGACAGUCCAAGCUAUAUCGAAGUGAGGAUUAUGGAAAGAACUUUAAGGAUAUUACAAAUCUCAUCAAUAACACCUUUAUUCGAACUGAAUUUGGCAUGGCUAUUGGUCCUGAGAACUCUGGAAAGGUGGUAUUAACAGCAGAAGUAUCUGGAGGAAGUCGUGGAGGAAGAAUCUUCAGAUCAUCAGAUUUUGCGAAGAAUUUUGUGCAAACAGAUCUCCCUUUUCAUCCUCUCACUCAGAUGAUGUAUAGCCCUCAGAAUUCUGACUAUCUUUUAGCUCUCAGCACUGAAAAUGGCCUGUGGGUGUCCAAGAAUUUUGGGGGAAAAUGGGAAGAAAUCCACAAAGCAGUAUGUUUGGCCAAAUGGGGAUCAGACAGCACCAUCUUCUUUACCACCUAUGCGAAUGGCUCCUGCAAAGCUGACCUUGGGUCUCUGGAAUUAUGGAGAACCUCAGACUUGGGAAAAAGCUUCAAAACUAUUGGCGUGAAAAUCUACUCAUUUGGUCUUGGGGGACGUUUCCUUUUUGCUUCUGUGAUGGCUGAUAAGGAUACAACAAGAAGGAUCCACGUUUCAACAGAUCAAGGGGACACGUGGAGCAUGGCCCAACUCCCCUCUGUGGGACAGGAACAGUUCUAUUCUAUUCUGGCAGCGAAUGAUGACAUGGUAUUCAUGCAUGUAGAUGAACCUGGAGACACUGGAUUUGGCACAAUCUUCACCUCAGAUGAUCGAGGCAUUGUCUAUUCCAAGUCUUUGGACCGACAUCUCUACACUACGACAGGCGGAGAGACGGACUUUACCAACGUGACCUCCCUCCGAGGCGUCUACAUAACAAGCGUACUCUCCGAAGAUAAUUCUAUCCAGACCAUGAUUACUUUUGACCAAGGAGGAAGGUGGAAGCACCUGAGGAAGCCUGAAAACAGUGAAUGUGAUGCCACAGCAAAAAACAAGAAUGAGUGCAGCCUUCAUAUUCAUGCUUCAUACAGCAUCUCCCAGAAACUGAAUGUUCCAAUGGCCCCACUCUCAGAGCCGAAUGCCGUAGGCAUUGUCAUUGCUCAUGGUAGCGUGGGGGAUGCCAUCUCAGUGAUGGUUCCAGAUGUGUACAUCUCAGAUGAUGGGGGCUACUCUUGGACAAAGAUGCUGGAAGGACCCCACUAUUACACCAUCCUGGAUUCUGGAGGCAUCAUUGUGGCCAUUGAGCACAGCAGCCGUCCUAUCAAUGUGAUUAAGUUCUCCACAGACGAAGGUCAAUGCUGGCAAACCUACACAUUCACCAGGGACCCCAUCUAUUUCACUGGCCUAGCUUCAGAACCUGGAGCUAGAUCCAUGAAUAUCAGCAUUUGGGGCUUCACAGAAUCUUUCCUGAGCAGCCAGUGGGUCUCCUACACCAUUGAUUUUAAAGAUAUCCUUGAAAGGAACUGUGAAGAGAAGGACUAUACCAUAUGGCUGGCACACUCCACAGACCCUGAAGAUUAUGAAGAUGGCUGCAUUUUGGGCUAUAAAGAACAGUUUCUGCGGCUACGCAAGUCAUCCGUGUGUCAGAAUGGUCGAGACUAUGUUGUGACCAAGCAGCCCUCCAUCUGCCUCUGUUCCCUGGAGGACUUUCUCUGUGAUUUUGGCUACUACCGUCCAGAAAAUGACUCCAAGUGUGUGGAGCAGCCGGAACUGAAGGGCCACGACCUGGAGUUUUGUCUGUACGGAAGAGAAGAACACCUAACAACAAAUGGGUACCGGAAAAUUCCAGGGGACAAAUGCCAGGGGGGGGUAAAUCCAGUUCGAGAAGUAAAAGACUUGAAAAAGAAAUGCACAAGCAACUUUUUGAGUCCGGAAAAGCAGAAUUCCAAGUCAAAUUCUGUUCCAAUUAUCCUGGCCAUCGUGGGAUUGAUGCUGGUCACAGUUGUAGCAGGAGUGCUCAUUGUGAAGAAAUAUGUCUGUGGGGGAAGGUUCCUGGUGCACCGAUACUCCGUGCUGCAGCAGCAUGCAGAGGCCAAUGGCGUGGACGGUGUGGAUGCUUUGGACACAGCCCCCCACACUAAUAAAAGUGGUUAUCAUGAUGACUCAGAUGAGGACCUCUUGGAAUAGCUCUUCAGAGGAGCUGGACCCAGCAUGGAUGGUGGAACCACAGUACCUCUUACACUCCCUGUGGCUCCAACUUCGGGGAAAUAAAUUUCCCAUUGCGAGGGACCCAGCUCUGUUUCUGCUGCUUCCAUCAAAGCCAAAAGGACCUACAUUAAAGAAAUGCAGGGUGGGGGUGGGGAACCCUGAGCACUUUUUUAUAAUUGGCUCUGAGAAUAGGGGAGACAUUUUAAAUUCUUUAACUUCUUCUUUCCUGUCCUGUGUCUUUGCAAAGUGUGGGCUUUUGUAUUGUUUUUUAAGGGAAAUGAGAUGGAAUUUGAAGGGACCUUUUCGCUUACCCCACUUCUGUGUGUUCUGCAUGGCGCCUGCCCCAGGGCAUCUGCCAACUCCAGCAUCAGCUCUCACAGUGUACUUGGUACCAUCCCUAGGCUCUGCUGGUGACACGAAGCAGCUAUAUAGAUGAAAACAGAGGCUGCAGAGGCUGGCACAGCCUGGCCGGCUUUUCUCCAUCUGGGACAGCCCUACUCCAAGAACACUGCACACCAGCUCCUCACACAGCUCCCACUUCCUUUUUUAUUUUCCAGAGACCACAGACCACAGGGAUUUUUCUUUUCCCCUUUUAAAUUAGGCAAUACUCUUGUUAAUUGCCCUUUGGCAACUAACUUAACCAUGUGAAUCCCACAUAGUAAAUCAGGAAAACUUACAGGGCAAUAUUUUUAGCUUGGGGCCGGAAGAAGGGAACAGCAGAGAAUUGACUAGAUUUAGCACCUAUUAAAAGAGAAACUCUCGUUUCUUCUGAGAUCUUUCAAGCUGUGCUUUGUGUGUGUGCCAGUGGACUUACCCAAGGACAGGGUACAGACUGGGCUGAAAGUCUGCCCAGGCUGAAUGAUCUCUUCCCUAGAGUUGAUUGUCAGGUGCACAGUGUGGCCCCCUGAAGAUGGAACCUCACAGUCUUCCAUGUUCCCUUUUCACCUGUCGUGUGGCUCAUUGCUGAAUCAUGACAGUGGCUGCAUAUCUGCUGCUUCUUAGAUUGCUGUUAUACACAGAACCAGGACUAGAGAUGUGUUCAGAUUUAUAGACUUAAAAAAUUAGAAUUUUAUUACCAGGCUCUCCUCCUCACCCCUUUUUUCUGGCUUUACCAAGUAAUUUGUUGGGAUGAAAAUUUUGGAGGAACCAGUUGAAAACACACUUCCAGUCUAGAUGAUGCUUUGUGCGAUACAUUGAGUUCUUAUUUUGGAUUGAAAGAAGUUGUCCAUUUGA